AUGAUCCGAAUACCUGCGGCACGCCGGGCGGCGGCCACCCUGUCCCGAAGGCAGUGGACAUGUCCGUCAUGCACACAUCUCAGUCGAAGGUACUCGCAGAAGGUGACUGACUCGUCCACCCCCCCCGCCGAGGCGCGACAGCCGCGCGAGCCCCCCGACCACCGCCGGCUAGGCGUGCAGCAGGGCCUCUUCACGACAUCCGUCUACAGCCCCGGGUCGCCGAUAUUCCUGCCGCGUGGGGCCCGCGUCUUCAACCGGCUGGUCGACUUCCUCCGGCGGCAGUACGUGCGCUACGGCUUCGACGAGGUCAUCACGCCGACCAUCUACAAGAAGGCGCUGUGGGCCAAGUCGGGCCACCUCGAGAACUACGGAGACGACAUGUACUCGGUGACGGGGUACUCUGACAGGAAGGCCGAGGCGGACGGUUCCGAGUGCCGCGGUCACCAGCACGGGGACGGCAAGGCCGCCGCGGCCGAGUCAAGGGCCCAGGAGAGCGAGGAGGGCGAGGAGGGCGAGGAGGGCGAGGAGGGCGAGGAGGGCGAGGAGGGCGAGUAUGGCCUGAAGCCGAUGAACUGCCCGGGCCACUGCAUAAUCUUCGCCUCGGGCCAUCACAGCUACCGCGACCUUCCGGUCCGGUACGCCGACUUCAGCCCGCUGCACCGCAACGAGAUCUCGGGCGCCCUGAGCGGCCUGACGCGCGUGCGCCGCUUCCACCAGGACGACGGUCACAUCUUCUGCCGGCCCAGCCAGGUGGAGGAGGAGAUCGGCAAGACGCUCGACUUCGUCCGCGUCGUCUACACGGCCCUGCGGCUCGCCGGAGCGGGCUACCGGCUGGCACUGUCGACCCGCCCCAGGGACGGCUUCAUCGGCACCGCCGAGGAGUGGGACCGGGCCGAGGACGCCCUGCGCCGCGCCCUCGACCGGUCCGGCAUGGACUGGACCGUCAACGACGGCGACGGCGCCUUCUACGGCCCCAAGAUCGACAUCGUCCUCCGCGACUCGGACGGCAAGGAGCACCAGACCGCCACCGUCCAGCUCGACUUCCAGCUGCCCAAGCGCUUCGACCUCGAAUACCAGGCCCCCGCCCCCGACCACGAGGCUCGCGGCGAGACCACCGACGACCCGGCCGAGUUGGCCCGCUACGGGCCCGUCCGCCCCGUCAUGAUCCACCGCGCCGUCCUGGGCUCCGUCGAGCGUCUCAUGGCCAUCCUCAUCGAGAGCUACGACGGCAAGUGGCCCUUUUGGCUCAACCCGAGACAGGCCAUCGUCUUGACCGUCAAUACCUCGGAGCCCGUCGUCCGCUGGGCCAACCACGUGCGCAACGUGCUCGUCGGGAACGACGGGAAGGCCUACCAGGACCUCGAGGCCGGUGUCCUCCCCUCGCCCGACCACCCGCUUCGUCCGACGGGGCUGGCCGUGGAUGUCGAUGACAGCGCCAGGUCCCUCGGCCUCAAGAUCAGGGAGGCCCACAGCGACGGGUACGGCCUCAUCCUCGUCGUCGGCGACAAGGAUGUCGAGAGUGGACUGGUCAGCCUGGGAAAGGAGAGGUGGACUCCCGAGCAGAUGCGUGACAAGAUGCAGGUCAUGGCUGAUACUUUCCAGUGA